AUGACGAGACAUGACGGGUAUCUACAUUGCACCCCAAACCCCGAUCAGCGAAUACGAAACCGGCUUUCCUACCCCGCGCCCACAACCCACCCGCACAUGCCAAGAAUUAGUACCGCAUCCCGGAUUAGUACCGCGUCUGGCCAGAAGAGGCAUCGGCCGCGGCCUGUGCUAGUCUGGAUUCUGGAGCGACGGAUCGGUGGUGGCCCAGCACGUAUACAACACACAAAACUGCGAGCCCGGCGGUGCAAAAGUGACUACACCCCCGCCACGCACAGACCGGGAACAGACCAAGGAUCGAUAUCCGGGUUCGACUCCCCCGGGCCCGGGAAUCAUGAGGUGUCACUCGGCAUUAUCACGGCCCGUGCCCGUGCCCGUACUCGUACUCGUAUUCGUGCGCUAUCCACCAGCCGGGCGGUCGGGCGCGCGCGGGGUGCUUCUGCGCCGGGUCUGGCGAGGGGCGAAUGGCAGACAUAA